UAUAUAAUGGUGGACAACGUGCGUCCUAACUCUAGGAACUCAAGGGAAUCCCUGCAUUAAAAAUCGAUCUUCAAGGAAUCGGAGUUAUGGAAGCUAGCUCUUCAUGUGAUACUUGCAACACAGAGCAUGAAUUAUUUCAUGAUCUUACCACUAUCGAUGCUCAAAAUCCCCGGCAAGAAACUGCAACUGCAGAAAUCAUGAGCUGCAAGGCAUCAAACAGCAAUGACGAUUGUGAAGAAACUGUUGGUGAAGACAACGCCAUUGCGUACGAAGACGAAGGUAUGGAAGCGAACAGGGAGUCCAUUUUAGAACCUUAUUCCUACACCAAAAGAGCAAACGAAUUUACCUCCGAAAUUUUCAAGAUAGAAAUUGCUAAUCUGCCGAAAUUCUUUGGCUAUAAGCAAUUUAAGAAACUUCUGGUAUCCAACUUGAAUUUUUCCCCAGUGAAGAUAAAAGCCAUACCACACUCAGGAUUUGCAUUUGUUACAUUCAGAAAUGAAGAAGAAAGACAGAAAGCACUGACCACAUUUGACAAGUUUAAAUGGAAAGGAAGACAAUUGAUAACUAAACUGGCAAAGGCUUUACCUGAUCCAGUAGCUUCUAAAAGAGCCAAACAAGAACUUAAAAGUCAAAAAUUAAAGAAGAAGCUUGAAAAUAGCAUUACAAGAGCAGGGACAUUGGGAAGGAAGAGAUUACAAUCUGAAGAGGCUAGCUGCAUUGACAACAAAAGGGCUAAACCAGAUGAAGUAGAAGAGGAACAGACUCCAACAGAAAGGCUAAACAAUUUUGUGACACCUCUAUGGAAGACACCCUAUUCAGAGCAAAUUAAGAUCAAAUUCCAAUUCAUUAUGGACACCCUUCAGAGACUUACAGAUUCUUUAAAUGAGAUGACAGAGGAAAAGAACUCUCGACUUGAAAAAGAACACAGUGAAGAAAGAAGUGUUACUUGUGAACUGAUGCCAUGCAUUCCAUCACCUGUUUUUAAUGGGUAUCGUAAUAAAUGUGAAUUCACAAUAGCUGAAGGGCCUGAUCAAGAGAAAACAGUUGGAUUCAGAGUUGGCAAUUACAAAGAUGGAUUCAGUGGUGUUAUUGAGCCUUCAGAGUGUAUUCAUAUAUCCGAUACUGCAAAAAGAAUAGCAAAUAUAUUUCAGAAGUUCGUCAGGCAGUCGUCUCUUGAUGUAUUUGAUCUUUGCCUUCAUACUGGGUAUUGGCAGACCUUAACAGUCCGUAAUACUGAUCUUGGGGAAUCAAUGGCUGUCAUUCAAUUCAAUCCACAAACUCUAYCACAGCCAGAGCUGGACAACUUGUUMCAAGAGAUUAGGGAAUUCUUCACACACAAGGAAGGCAAAGAAUGUAAACUGUCCUCACUGUACAUUCAAGUGAAUCCRUCAAGAUCUAUGGGUGGAAUCGCUCAAGAACCAAAGCUACUUUUUGGUAUUCCCUGUAUACAUGAAAUUUUGCAUGCAGUUAAGUUCAGAAUUUCUCCUGAUGCGUUUUUCCAAGUAAAUAUUCAAGCUGCUGAAAAGAUGUUUGAUAUMAUGAAAGAGUGGAUGGGUGAUUGUAGCAGUUCAACAUUGUUGGAUAUCUGUUGUGGCACAGGAACUAUUGGAUUGUGUCUAGCUAAGUAUAUUUCAAAAGUCAUUGGUAUUGAACUUGUGGGAAGUGCUGUUGAAGAUGCUAAGAAGAAUGCAGAAAUGAAUGACAUUACGAAUGCAGAAUUUAUUGCUGGCAAAGCAGAGGAUGUUCUUGUUGAGCAAGUGUUGAAGAAGCUACCAUCAUACACACCUGUGAUUGGUAUUGCUGAUCCUCCCCGUGCAGGGCUACAUCGCAGUGUUAUACAUGGAAUACGCCGAUGCAACAGAAUGAGUAGACUAAUCUAUGUUGCUUGUAAUGCCAACAAUGCUUUUACAAACCUAGUUGAUCUGUGCCGUCCAGUCUCAAAGAGGAUAAGGACAAUGCCGUUUCAUUUAGUGAAAGCUAUUCCAAUUGACUUUUUCCCACAUACCCAGCACUGUGAACUGAUCAUGCUAUUUGAGCGAGAUAAGUCAGUUUCUAAGGAUGUGUCUAGACGAUUCCAUCUGUCUGUAAACAAUGAUGAUAAACGAUGAUCCACAACUGAAGUUAUCAAUCCGAAGAACGCUAACAUUCUACCGGGAAAAACACGUUUUCGACGUAUUUUGGAUGUUUUCUUCUUAAGAUCUGUUUCACUCUCGCUGUCUAUUUUCUAGCGACAUGAAAUAGUCUACUAUACACGACUCCCUGAACCAUCUUCAAAGGUACAGUUGUGUAAAAAUAAAUUUAACACCGUGUAAACAAAUAGGUUUCUUUGGUUUUGCGACAAUCAUUGCUGCUGCUAACCAAAGACAAACCAAAAAGGUMCGAAAUGUCAGUGUUUCACAUACGUUUUACAGUGUUAAGUUUAUCUUUUUACAAAACUGUUUCUUUAGAAACACCGACGCAGCUCACACUAGUUUACCGCUAGUUUCCUCCAUCUUCAAUGGUAGCCGUGCCUUUAUAUCGAAGUGAGACUAUACCGUUGAGCUUGCAAUGAUCCAAACUUUCUUUCGCACCUACAGAUAGUAUCGAUCAUCGCACACUCAACGGUAGUCUCCCUUCGUCGCAGAGGCGCGAGUACCUUUCAAGAUGGCGCAGGGAAUACUGAAUGAGACUAUUUCCCGAACGAACGUUAUUCCAAAGAGUUGCCUAAGCUGGUGGUUAGAGAGGCUUUUCCAAGUAAGAAAAGUGUACUU